AUGUCGUCUUUUUUCACCCUGCCCGCUUCGCAGCGGAAGCGCAAGAGAGAAGACCGCGCUGGCGCCCCCGCGUCUAAGAAACGAGGUGUCGAUGGAGACGGAGAUGCGGGCGCAAAGAGUGGCAAAAAGAAGACUAGGGAGCCGUCAGUUUCGGGAAGCGACAUUGAUGAGGAUGAGCUCAGUGGUGCCUCAGGGAUAUCGGAGGAGGAAAGUGGCUCAGAAUCCGACGAAGGAGAGACAGCCGGAGACCGGAGAUUGAAGCUUGCGGAGCGGUACCUGGAAAAUGUCCGGGAUGAAGUGGAGGACUUUGGCUUUGACGCGGCCGAGAUUGAUCGUGACUUGAUCGCAGAGAGGCUGAAAGAGGAUGUUGAUGAAUUCAAAGGACGCGUUUAUCGUCAGAUUGCCUCCGAUUUGGCCUUCUCGACGGCCUCCCAUACCUUCUUCCGGGCAGAUACGCAGUCAACUACGUCAAUUGCAGUCCAUGCGCCGUAUGUUUACACCGUUUCGAAGGACAAGACCUUGAUUAAAUGGGAACUCGCCACACCCACCUCCACGAUUUCUACAACAAAUGGAGAGGAGUCCGAACGCCCUCCUCGCCCCCAGCGGAAGAAGCCAAAGCAGGUCAGGUUUGUGCGGGGCUUGCGAAAGGUUGCGGAGACGGGAGAAGAGCAUGGACAUACCAAGAACAUCUUGUCCGUCGCAGUGUCGCCGUCCGGAAAAUUUGUAGCCACGGGAGGAGAAGACCGGAAACUCAUCGUCUGGGACGCGGAGACUCUUACCCCCCUGAAGACCUUCACACAACAUCGCGACGCUGUCAGUGGUCUUGCCUUCGCUCGUCAUAUCUCUACCAUGAGUUCUGGAGAGCAGCUCUUCUCUGGCUCUUAUGACCGGACCAUCAAGACCUGGUCUCUGAGUACAGCCGGCCAUGCCUAUGUUGAAACACUCUUCGGACAUCAAGAUCAUGUUACGUCCGUCGCCGCCAUGGCCAUCGAUCAGUGUGUCAGUGUGGGAGCGCGCGAUCGCACGGCCAGGUUGUGGAAGGUUAUCGAGGAAUCCCAACUGAUCUUCCGUGGUGGUUCUAAGAGCGCCUCCUAUCAAGAGAACAACAUUGACUGCGUAUCGCCGUUACCUCCUAACCACUUCGUUACUGGAUCGGACUCAGGUUCCAUCUCUCUCUGGUCCAUUCACAAGAAGAAGCCGCUUCACACGAUCCCUCACGCACACGGCCUCGACCCCUUACCUCCACUGGACGAACUCUCCUCUGAAGUCAAUCAAGAAACCGCAGCACACAAUUCCCGUCACCUCCGGCGCAUGCCCCGCUGGAUCACCGCUUUGACUACGCUUCCGGGCACAGACGUCGUACUUAGCGGCAGCUGGGAUGGCUUCAUCCGGGCAUGGAAGAUCUCGGAAGACAAAAAGACCAUUGUUCCUCUGGGCCCUAUCGGAGCAGGAUCCAGCAUUCCGCUAACCCCCGACACCCCAUCCGAGCAAUUAAAGCAGACCCUUGCCUUCGACACACCGACGAGCCCGGAUCACAUGGCAGUUGAUGGUGCGCCGGCCCAGCAGACCGAGGAGGAAGCAGAACCGCUGAUCAAGGGUGUGAUCAACGAUAUUGCUGUUUUCGAGCGUCGCGCAGAAACCGCCAAACCAGGCCAAGCGCCAGCGGAACCCAAGUCCAAGUCCAAGUCCAACACCAAGCCGUCUGCGCCCGAGCAACAUGGGCUCUGCAUCGUAGCCGCUGUUGGCAAGGAACAUCGGCUAGCAAGGUUCAAAUGCUUCUCCAACAACUUCCAUGACGGCCCCACCGCGGACGGUCGGAACGGUGCCGUCGUGUUCGAAGUACCAUUCAUCUCCCAAAAAUCGAAAUGA